AUGCCUAACAGCUUCGACCGCCUGGAGAAGCUCUUCUCCCGGAGGAAGGAUCUCACCAUCCAGACAGACCAGUCAAUGCCGGAUUCAACGGGGCCCCGAGGUGCCUCGGUGGAUCGCAGCUUUCCUCAGCCGUCUUUUAUUCGUCCAAACGUCUCCCGUAUGAAGGCCCGAGAGGAGCGCAUUGUCGCCUCCCAGAACGAGAAGCGCGCUCAGAGUCUGCCGGAAGCCCAGUCCGAGCGCAUCUCCAUACACCUUGCGCACCUGAGCAGCUCCAGUACUACGGCCCUCACCCUUCCAACCCGCUCCAUGUCCCUCAGUCACCGUAGGGAGAGUCAGCCGGUGGCGAGUCUGCGCGGGUUUGAUUUCCCUUUACCUCCCACAUCCCCCUCGUCGGGCUCACCAUUUGGCUCGCCCAAAACUUUGCCCACAUCGCAUAAGGUUUCCCUUGAGCACCGCCACAGCUCCGUCAUCCUACCUCCCAAUAGAUCUCACACCCCACCCGGCUCCGACCACGACGACGACUCGAGCAUAAAGGGCUCUCAGGGCCGCCCGUCCUCUUCUCUCAGCAGAGACCUGCUGACCCCCGCAGCAUCUCCAGAAAUGAAGCCCAUACACGAUACCCGGUCCCAAGAUUCUGCGGAACUGUGCCUGGCCAAAAGGAAAGCCGCCGCCGCCACCACCAGACGCCGCCGGGAAGAAAAGGCAGCGGCGUUACGUCGUCCUCAGGGCCAGUCGAGACCUCACCGCUCCAUCACCUCCCCGAGUCAGAUUCUCAAAGGCGGCAAUGUGACGGAUUUCUUCACCCUUUCCGAUGACGACAUCCUGGAGGAAGAGCCUGAGUUUGAAGAUGCUCCGGGUACCCCUAUGACACCGGCGCCCCUGCGACUGCCACCUUCUCCGCCUACUCCGGCAUCCACGGUCUCGUCUUUUCGCUCCAAGAGAAGGACCUCGUCUAUUUACACCGACGAUGUUGCCAAGGAGGGCGCACUCCAGGUCGCCCAGAUUGCAGCCAAGCACAAAUUUGACCUUAUUUACAUCGUCAACCUGUGGCCCGAGAGCGGAUCGGAAUCUUCAUCGCCCACAUUCCGCUCCUCAAUGGACUUUUCCUCCAGGCCAGGCAGUAAGAGGAACUCCUUACUCGGACCCAUGGAGGGGCCAAUGGUAGACUCCUCUCCCGGCAUGACUGGUCGUCUCCUCGCGGCUUACGGCUUGUCUAACCUUACGAGCCCUUUUCGCAUCUCGGCAACUGUCCAAUCCAAGAUUCUGAAGCAAGAAGGAUGGAUGGAGUACCGGAGCGAUGAUGCGCAAGCCGGCGAGUUUGCGCGAGGAUACGGACACGCUUUCCACACGGACACGGGCCGCCGGGGCUCUACCAACUCGAGCCCUCGCAGCUCAAGUGUCCGCGAUAUCUCGCUGAACGAUCAUGGCAUCGUCUUCGCCGCCUAUCGUCACCCUGGCAAAGGCUCUGGCGCCGCCGGGUGCACCAAAGAAGAACUCGAAGCACUGCGCGUGGAUGCUGAGGGACUUGUCGACUAUCUCGUCGCCAUCCACAAAGCACGACGCCUUCGAGAUCCUAUGACACUACACACGCUUAUUGACGAAGAAGCCACUCCUUCAUAA